AUGGAACCAACUUUGCUAGGCAUGCCGGGUCCAUGGGCCGAGGAUUAUCGCGAGCCAUCUGAUCCCUAUACAACUAAAAUUGGAGGACUCCCUGACUGGCCCCUUCCCAUAAGUCCCGAUUUGCUACGCUGUGCCGCGUGCGGCGGCCAACUCUGCCUGGUGGCGCAGGUUUACGCUCCCCUUUCUCAACACCGCGCCCUCUUCGUUCUUGGUUGCGUAUCGCCCAAUUGCGGAACCGCUUGGCGCGUUCUUCGAGUUCAGAACAUUGCUGACGUGGACACUUCUCAACCGAAAGAACCUGCGCCGAAUGGUGAAAUUCUAUGUGCCAAUGUGUCGGAUGACGAAGACGGAAUUGACAUGGAUUUCGAACAACUCGGUAAGGCUCUCUUUGAAGCUGGGACUGCGGCUUCCAACUCCAAGCGCAAGAAGCCGAGGAAAAAACGACAGAACAAGCUCCCUUCAUCUUCUCCACAACCAAAAGCAACAGCUUUAGUUCAAAAUGACGUGCCUGUGGUGCCCUGUUUUUAUAUAUACCCAAAAGAGGAGUCCUCCUCUUGGGAUCUUCGUCUUGUAUGUUCUAGCUACUCGACACUUUCCAUUAAGGAGAAUCGAAGUGAUGCCGAGGAUCCUUCAGAACCGGAUGAAACCUGGGAAAAGGAAGAUUAUGAGUAUGAUAAAGCUUUGACAGCUGAUAGAACUUACCUCAAGUUCAAGAAACGAUUGGAUGCAUAUCCUGAACAAUGUUUUAGAUAUUCGUAUGGUGGGAAGCCGAUUUUAGCUGCAGUCAAUGAAAUAAACCCUGGCAACUGUAGACUCUGUGGCAGACCAAGGCAAUUCGAGAUGCAGCUGAUGCCUCCAUUAUUAUACUUUCUUCAGGAAGCUCUUGGUGACCGAAGACAUCUGGUGGAAAAGUGGGAUUGGAUGACCCUCAUUGUAUAUACUUGUUCAGAGAGUUGCUCCGUAGAGAUUGAACAAGCAAAGUCCAAUAUGAGAUGGAUUGUGGCAGAGGAGGCAGUUGUAGCUCAAUGUGAGGAAUCCAUUCCCGUUCAGCUUGGCUAUUUCUCAUGA